CUUCAAGCUGGUGACCUUAAACUGGUCGUUGACCUCAUAGAGAAGAUUUCUCAAAAGAGCCUGGGAACAGUGCAGUACUUACCACCUGCCAUAAGAGACGAAACAAUAAAAAAGAUUACAAAGGCCAUAGUGAAGUCUUCCAGUAAUAUACUAGACGACAAAGCUCUUGAAUCCUGGAAAUUUAUGCCAGAGGACUCGAGGGCUGCUAAAGCAAGUAAGCUUUUAAAAGGAGUUGAUGGCAUUGCUCUCCAUUUGGCCAAAACAGCUGUUGCGAGUAAUGCAAUCGUAUCUGAGGCCUCAAACGUCGUGUUGAGUGCUAAAUCCAUCAAGGACGUCAAACCGACUGCCCAGCGGAUGCCGCCGACAAACAAGAUCAUGCGCAAUCUUACUUCUAGCACUGUCUUGUUACCAGGCUCCGUGUUAAUGCAACAACAGAAUGAAGGAGACCAGGGCAUGACCCAGUAUAUUACAUUCGUAUCAUACCGCAACCUUGAAGCUUUGAUGCAGCCAAGCGCAGAUGAGAAAUCCUCUAACUCCACGGAAGAUGAGAGUGGCUUGGGUAAAAUCGAAUCUGAAAUUACGUCAGUUUCACUGCACCCGAUGAAAAUAAACAGCUUUGAAGACCCAGUCAUCAUAACCAUGAAAAGCAAACAGAAUAACGACAAACUCCAAGCUAACUGUGUUUUCUGGAAUGUGUCUGGUCCCAGAGGUUUCUGGUCGCAAACAGGCUGUAAUUUAAAGGAAAGGAACUCAAGCCAUACCACUUGUCAGUGUUACCAUCUAACAAGCUUUGCCGUGCUCAUGCGCAUAACAGACAUGCCAGAAAAUGACACAAUGGAGAAACAUAAAUUUGCCUUGAGUCUUAUUUCAUUGGUUGGUAUUAGCAUUUCCGUCGCAGCUUUGGCCCUCGCUUUUCUCACCUUUGCUUUCUUAAGGUUUAAAAACACGCGUCAUCGUUAUUUCGUUCACGCCAACCUAGCACUUUCUUUGGGUAUGGCAGAGACUUUGUUCCUGUUCGGCAUAACUAAGACGGCGAAUAAGCUAAUUUGCAAGAUCAUCGCCAUCACCCUACACUACUUAUUUUUGGUUUCAUUUUGUUGGAUGGCUGUGGAGGGAGUCGUCCUCUAUCUUCUGCUUGUGAAGAUUUUCCGAACCAAAACUCGGCCAGCGAGAGAUAGAACUGUUUUCUUUACGUUUAGUUGGGGCAUCCCAGUAAUCGUCGUGGCUGUGUCGGCUGUGCCUUUUUACGAAGGCUAUGGCACGGAGGAAUUCUGUUGGCUGUCAAUUGAAAGGCACUCUACCUGGGCGUUUGUAGGACCAGUUCUUUUAAUCUGCUUGUUUAAUUUCGUUUGUUUGGGGAAGACGUUUAUGAUCAUGGCAGCUCGAGGACGAACGAAGAAGGAAGACACAAGCAUUGAAAAAAUAAGAUACUGGUCCAAAGGAUGUGCUUUACUUUCGUGUCUUCUCGGCCUGACGUGGAUACUUGGAGUUUUUGUAGUCAAUCAAGACACCAUAUUUAUGGCAUAUCUUUUUAAUAUUUUCAACACCUUACAGGGCCUAUUUAUAUUUGUCUUUCACUGCAUCGGGGAUGAAAAGGUACGCGCAGAAUAUUUACGUAUAAUCCGCUGUCAAACACGUGCGCAGGCCUAUGGCGUUGCUCGGCCUUGGUGGAGCAAGUCGGACUCUUUAAGCCGAUCUCGAACAUGGGAGGAGAGGCAGGGGAGAGUUUACAGAAGGAGUACUCUUCAAUCAAAUAUGGACUGCUCGAAGCACGGGAAAUGCUACUCGUGCCGCGUGUGUCGCUUGAAUGUCUUGAUGGAGAUCGAGAGAAGGAGUGAUCUACAAAUAACUUAA